AUGAACAAUAUUUUAGAUGAGCUUUCGUUGCCCCAGUGCUCGGAUUUCACAUGUGUAUCAGAUUGCGAAAGCAGUUCCGAUGAAAGUUUGACGAACGAAGCGGAAGAGCCGUCAAUUUUAUCGACCUAUACUAGUGAUAGUUCCAAAAUGAAUUAUACUUAUGACAAAGAGGAAAUGAAAGAUUUAUUCAAGAACCUUUCCAGGCUCUUCUCCGCAAAUAAAUACUAUGAAAUCUUAACUUUAAUUCCGAGCUUGCAUCACUACGUCAAGUUAUCAAAUCCCGUUUGUAUUAUAAUAGCGUCUACUUUGUUUGCACUUGGAAGAGGUAAGGCAGCCUUAAGGGAGAUUGCAUUGGUUAUAGAGAAAGAAAAUGACCCAGAGGAGAAGGAGAGAUAUAUUCAAUACUUAAUAGACAUAUUCAAGCAAUUAGGUAUGGGACAGAGGGCAGUAGCUUGCUUUAACGAGCUUAUCGCAAUUAAAAAGACUGAAAUUAUGAUAAGCUAUGAUGAUGUUGAAAAAUCGUGUUCAUUGAACGAACAAGUGAAGUUAUAUGAAAGAGCUUUGCUGGAGUCAAAGAAUGACGAUAAAAACAGCUUGUAUUUAAAAAUGGAGAGUCUUCCAAUUCAUGAGCAGGCUCAAAAUUACUUAAAAGCUAGUGGUAACUUGCAUUUCUUUUCAUUAGGAAGAAUAUGCAUUCAGAUUAAGAGCACCAUCGAUGAAGCCAUAGUUAUCUUGAAAGCAUUUCUGACUCAGAAAAAAAAGAAAAUAUCUCAAGAUCCCCUAAAACUAAUAUUCGAUGCCCUAAUGCUCCUUGGGCCGCGUUACUUAUAUCUUGAUUUGCUCAAUUAUACUGAUUCAAUAAUUGAGCACAUCAAGAAGAAUACAGCGCUUCAGGCGGCCGAUGAUAAAGAUCCUCUAAGUGUUUUAUCUGAAAUACGAAAAGGUGAGAAAAACUCUUCCGAAUCAUCAUACGAAAAAUAUGGAGAAGUAGUAAAACACAAAUUUAUAUUUGCCUAUCUCAAUCUUCUUCAAGAAGAUUACAAUAAUGCAGUCGUAAAAUAUGAAUGGAUUCUUCAGUUUAUUGAUCAAUUACCUGAAUGCUUUCGAUCAUGUAUUUCUAAAAACUCUUUUUUGUCUCAUGUCACUAAAAGUGUCGUUACAGUAUUGUUAAACCGGUGCUUUCUUUUUGGCGAUAUUGAUUGCGAUAAAGAGAAACUGAGUGAAAUGUUUUCUCAGCUCCUAGAAAGUACCACUUUGAGUACCAGAUCUGAAUAUCUAUGCGGAAGGUUGGCUUCUUAUUUCGUUUCUUUUGGUCAAUUGUACCAGAGAGCUGCUAUCAAACAAGCUGCAAAAAUUACAAUUGAAUGCGAAGAUCCAUUAAAAACGGUAACCGCGAUAAGACUAGAGACAACUAAUACAGAGGAAAUGGUUCGAAAAUAUAUUAUCGCCAGUGCUAAUAAAGCCCACGAUGAUCCUACUGUUAUCUCAUUAUAUGACAUGAUCAUCUGGGGUUUAUUAUGCCACGGAGGAAUUCACUUGAAGACUUUAUGGUUCUUCAUAUUUAUAAGGCAUUAUUUUCAUGUCGAAUUUGAUUUCGGUGCAUUGCAUACAUCGCCCUCUCAUGGCUGUACCGAGUUGCUAGAAGAAGAGAUAUUUAAUAGAUAUUCCAAUGGGUGGGAACUAGUUGAAAAGAUAUUCGACCUUAGAUUCAUGCUUACAAGAGAAGAACAAGAAAGUAUUUGGGAUCCCAGUAACGGAAAUCUAUUCUUAGCACCUCAAAUAUUCGAUGCUGGGGCUAAGCUACUCUUGAUGGAUCUGUUUUACGACGAAAAUUUGCGUAGUUCAUCAUCAAACUUCGUAUUCGUGUCGGAAUUUCAAGUCAAGCACAAGUUAAGAAGUCAUAUCAAGCUUCAAGGUAGAAGCAUAACCCAGCAGUUAGAAGUAAGCAGAGAUUUAAUAUCUUUUUGGUGCUCAGCAUAUGAAGAAUGCCAUGGCUUAAUACCGUCUGCCGUUAGGGAUUUUCUCAUGGAGUAG